GACAAGCUCCCCGAACUGGAUGAGCGGAUUUGUGCUCUGUCUCCAGGGGACUUGGGAGAAAAUGGAGAGGCCCCUCUCCAAACCAAGACGAUCCCUGCAGAGAUCGUUCGGCAAAACUUGGCCAAGUGGACACCGUCCAUGCACGAGGAAUAUGAUUCGCUUGUCGUCUCAACCCCAGCCGUCUCGCCGCUCUCCGACCCGGAGUUCACGCAGCUGGUGUCGGCCCAGGGCGGCAACGUAGAACUCAUUCCUGGCAAGGCUGUGUUCACGCAGAAGGCUUUUUCAGGGAGGUUCAAGACACGCGUUGUCGGGUGUGGCAAUUUCCAGACAUUUACCACACGUGAGCAAACAGAUGUCUAUGCGUCAGGAGCCCCAUGUGAAAGCAUCAGGCUCCUCGUAAGGCGCGCCGCCAUCGACAGCGAGUGGAUCCUGGGAAGCGUGGACAUCACCCCAGCACAGGAAAUGAUUGCAGGGGGG